AUGGCUACUAACAACGGGCCUACACAGGCUCCGAGGACGAAGCAACGACCUCCUCCUCCUCCCUUCUACCUCCCCCUGGACAUCACGCUCUGUCUUUGUCUCCUCUGCAAUGGUCUCGCCGCGCUGUUCUCUCCUAUUCAGGAUUGCGACGAGGUCUUCAAUUUCUGGGAACCCGCUCACUAUCUUGAACACGGAUAUGGCUUACAAACAUGGGAAUAUUCGCCUGUUUAUUCCAUCCGGAGCUGGCUCUACGUCUCCCUCCACGCGGCUGUGGGGAAGCUGGCAUCGCUAUUCGGCACCAGCAAAAUGAUUGAGUUCUACAUCAUCCGGUUAUUGCUUGCCUUUGUGUGCUCUGCUUGCCAGGUCCGGUUGUACUCCUCCAUUUGCCGGACGAUCAGCCCCCGCAUUGGACUGCUAUUCGUGAUGGUCCUCAUAUUCAGUCCUGGCAUGUUCCAUGCCUCAACCGCCUUUCUCCCGUCCACUUUCACCAUGUACACAUCAAUGCUUGGCAUGGCUGCGUUUUUGGACUGGAAGGGUGGUCAGAAAAUCGCACAGGGGAUCAUGUGGUUUGGUCUGGGGUCCAUUGUCGGGUGGCCAUUUGCGGGAGCUUUGAUCGUCCCACCUCUGACGGAGGAAUUGGCCCUUGCGUACUUGUCCGGGUCGAUUGUCUCUCUCACCGGUGCUGUUGUGGACGGCGUCGUGAGGUGUCUUUCUAUUCUGGCAGUCGAGGUAGCAGUGGACUAUGCUUUCUUCCAGAAGCUCACCUUGGUGCCCUGGAACAUCGUCAAGUACAAUGUCCUGGAAGGCAAGGACAAGGGACCCGAUAUCUUUGGCACCGAACCAUGGACAUUCUAUUUCAAGAACCUGGCGCUAAAUUUCAAUCUCUGGUUUGUCCUCGCCAUGUUGUCCUUGCCACUCCUGGUUCUUCAAACCGCCUUCAGAUUCCAGACAACAUCACUGCAGACAGUUCUGCGGACUAUCACCAUGAUUGCACCCUUCUACAUCUGGUUCGGCAUCUUCACGGAGCAGCCUCACAAGGAGGAGCGGUUCAUGUAUCCGGCAUAUCCCUUCUUGGCUCUCAAUGCCGCUGUCGCUUUCCAUAUGAUUCUCUCCUAUAUUGGGUCUAGUAACCGGCAAGAGUUCAUCGGUCGCAUCCCCGCAAGGUUAAAACUCCUCGGUGUCAUUUCAGUGCUUCUGGUUGCGCUCAAUGCCGGUAUGCUGCGCACUCUGGGCAUGGUGACCGCAUACCGCGCGCCACUGAAGGUGUUUGAGCCGCUCCAGCAACCCGACAUGGCGCAUACAGGAGAGAACGUGUGUUUCGGCAAGGAGUGGUACCGCUUCCCUUCAUCCUACUUCCUUCCACAUGAUAAGCGCGCCAAGUUUAUUCGCAGCGAGUUUCGCGGGUUACUGCCGGGUGAAUUCCCUGAAGCAUCCGACUAUCUUGGUCGUCUGGAAGGCGCUUCUCAGAUCCCGUCGGGGAUGAACGACUUGAAUCAAGAAGAUCCCAGCAAAUAUGUGGAUAUCUCUCAGUGCUCGUUCCUGGUCGACUCCUACUUCCCCGGCCGCGAAACGACCGAGCUGGAACCAGCGUAUGUGUUGGAUGAAGCCAACUGGGCGACUCUGAAGUGUGAGAGCUUUCUGGAUACAGCGCAGACAGGACUAUUGGGCCGGUUGAUGUGGAUUCCCGACCUGCCAUUCAUCCCGCAACCCCUGCAGCGGAAAUGGGGCCAAUACUGCCUUCUUCAACGCCGAGGGACAGAACAAUCUAUCUAA